AUGAAGGUCGUUGAGGUGGACCUGGAGGACCGCUCUUACCCCAUCUACAUCGGCCAGGGGCUGCUGAACCGCGGGGAGCUGCUGCGGAAGCACGUGCCCAGCAAGCGCGUGCUGGUCGUCACCAAUGAGACAAUCGCACCGCUGUACCUGGACAGGGCACAGUUGAUGAGCUAA